AUGCCUCAGUGGCUGCAGUGGCAGCUCAGCCUCCGUUCAACUGGCGGAAUCCGCGAAUGGCAUAGACUGCGGUCUCUGGGCAGGGUUCUUUCUCUCUGGCGCAUGCUGGCAGCGGGAAGCAGCGCCAGACGGCUCGUGAGGAAUGUGUGCAUCCAGUUUCGCUACCAGGCAUUGGCGAGGAGAAGCUUUGGAGCGCUUCGAGAGCACAGGCGGUGGAGUUCAGCGAGAACCCAUCGCAUUUCGCAGGCAAUUGAUCGCUGGGUGGAUGCGCGCCAUCAGAGUCGAGUUCGACGAGCCCUUGGUGUUUGGAGGUUGCGGGGAGCAAAGGGGGCGCUUCGUCGUCGCGGUGCGAAUGCACUGAGUGCCUUCCUCACGGCCACACGUUUGAGGCGAUGGCUCACCGGCUGGAGCAGCCUCGCGCGUCGCGAGCGGAGGAGAGCACAGGCUUUGUCGAUCCUCGUCACAAGAACGUGCACGGCUCUCGGGUGCAAAGCUUGUAAAGUUUGGCGAGCUGCUGCUCGACGAAGCAUCGCAGCACGAUUGGCUGCAGCCUUCCUGGAAGCCUUUCGAACGCGGAAUAUCAUCAGAAGAUGGGCUGGUCAGAGGAAGGCGGAGGUUUAUCGAUCCAGGAGGCUCUUCUCGGCGGCAUGGCGAGGUUUCACCAUGGAAUCGAAAAGGACGAAAGCAGAGUCUGCUGUACGAAGACGGGGCUGCAGUCACUCGCUCAGAUCCGCUUGGCAGCGCUGGAGCAUUGCCACCGUGUUAAAGGCUCGUGAAGCGAUUUGUCAGCAAAGGGCAAAGACACGACGUCUUGGCGUCACCCUUCGAAGCUGGCAGAGUUUGAAGGCGGCCAAAGCUUUUGCCGCCCACAGCACCCUGCUCGUCAGUUUCCGGAAAUGGAACCGCAUAGUAGGUCAUCUUUUCAAUGAGCGUCAUGCGCGAGAGUUGAUGGUUGGUGUUGGAUGUUCGUCCUGGAGGCGUGACUGCACGCAGCUGAGCCGCCGCUUCUUCGCGGUCUGGGGCCAGGUGGUCCAGAGCAAGAGGAGGCAGCGGCGCCGUGUGAGAGAGGCCAAAGAAGCCCUUCAGAAGUUGGCAACCGUCCAGGCGCUUUGGUUUUGGCAUGGGCGCGCCCGAGAGUCAUCCAUGCGAGAGGACCACCUGACUCGGGCCUCCAUUGCCCUGCAGGCCAUGGUAUCGACGUCCAGAUGGGCCCGAGCACACGAUCUGCUGAUUCGAUGGUUUGUUCGAUCUAAAGCCACAAGGAUCAUGUGCAGCGAAGCCGACCUGAGCGGUGAAGCUCCUUCAGCCAUCAGUCUGGAAGGCUCGGGCAUGUCAGAGGCAACAGCUCCACGCACGCCCAGGCCCCGGCCCAGGCAGGAGAGAUCCGGAGAAGGACGGAUCACCGCUCUGUCAACGGCAUCCUCCAAGGCUUCGAUGUUGAUCAGGCACAUGGAUACCACCUGUGCUUCGCCCACAAACGUGGAGCAAGGCAUGGAGAGGCUUUCUGAACCUUCUUCAGAGCAGCGCCCACGGAUUUCGUGCAGCGAGCGGCUGCCUCCAGCGUCAGCGUUGGCUAGGUGGUUGAAGUUCACGGUCACACUUCAGCAGGUGGAUGCGGCAGCGCUUCCCGUCCUUCAGUGGGCAUGCUCUGCAUGGCGUGGUGCGCAUCUGCACGCGAAGUUGCACCAUCUGCGAUGGUGGGCCUUUGCGUUGAAGAUGCGCAGGUUGAGGGUGCAGGGCGUGCGGCGAGAUGUGCAGCGCCUGCGCAUUGCCUUCAAGGCCUGGUUCGAAGCCGUGGCCGAACAGCUGCAAGAGGCGGUGGCAGCAGCUGAAGCAGAGUUGCGGGCCAUCAGUGAGGCGGGCUUGGCCGCGGCAACGGAGCCGUUGACGCAGAUGGCACCGAAAUCUUGCCAAGAUUCGGCAAGAUUGGAAGGCAUGGUGCUUGCCAUGGAUGUCGAUUUCUUGGUGUGGGCUUUCAGCAGCUGGGCAGCUUGGGCUCGUUUGACGAGGACAUGA